GGCUUAAUUUACAGUAAUCUCAAACAGAAAGGUGACACUGGGUGAGAAGCAGGCAGAGCUGUGAUCUGGUGUUGAGAGGAACUCAACUAUAACUUAAACUCAAAUAUGAGUCAGGUUUUGUCCAGUUUUUUUAAACUUUUUGGCUUUAAAAGGCUGAAAAGCAUUGUGCUGCUGCUGGUUCUGAGUGUGCUACUUCUGAUUAUAUAUUCAACAUUUUUUACUCUUCAAAUGAAGCGUAAUCAGGUUUCAGACAAUGAGAAAGUCAAGGUCUCUCAAGAGCGUCCAAAAUCUAUAAUCUUCAGGAAAAGAAACUCGUCUCAACCGGACCAAGGCCAAGUCAACAUGCACGUGUUUGAAGACUGGUGUGGAACAUCUGUAGAACAGCUGAGACGGAACGUGCUGUACCCUCUAUUUCCACACAUUCAGACCACCAUAAGCAGCUUAGCAGUUUAUCCUGGACAGAAGAAUUACGGGCUGAGGAUCUUUGGAUACAUUCAUCCCUCAGCAAGUGGUCAGUAUAUUUUUGCGAUUUCCUCAGAUAAGAACUCAGAGUUCUGGCUGAGUUUAAAUGAAGAGCCCCAGAACAUCAGAUUGCUGGCCUACAUUGGCAGGACAGGUGCUGAAUGGUCUGCUCCAGGAGAAUAUGGGAAAUUUGCCUCUCAGAAAUCUCAGCCUGCAACGUUAUUGAAAAAAAAGAAAUAUUUUUUUGAAGUCCUCUACCAGCAGAACGAAGGGGUAGAUCAUCUGGAAGUUGCUUGGCGUCAGAACCACAGGAACAAUAGAUUUACUGUCAUCACAUCUGAAUAUCUCUCUCUUUAUAUCAAUGAAUCUUCACCUACACUGGGGGGUACGGCUCACAUCCCCCAAACUGCAGCCAGUCACGAGAUGAUCUCUGAGCCUCCCCAUCCUGAGGUGGACAUGGUCAGAGAAGACCCUCGAGACUCCAUCUACAACAUUCCCCUGAUAAACGCAUCCAGACUGAGAAACGUCUUUCCUCAGUGUGAUUAUAAACCCAUUCAUGUGUUCCGUGGGGGACAAAUGCGAAGAUUUCAGGGUGUGUUUCAUGUUUACUUCUCAGAAGUGUAUCCCAAUGACUACACGAGACAGACUCAUGCAGCCAAUGAUGAGGAGCUGUGCUUUUAUAAAAAGGAUGAAAAUUUUGAUAAAGGAGGUGGAUUUGUCCAGUAUCUAAAACCUGAAAACUCUGACAAAAAAGAAAAAUCUGAUCCAAACUGGGAGAAAGACAUCUACAUCGAUCCAGUGGACUUCCAUUCUAAGCAGCCCACACGAGUAACUGACGUCUGCAGAAGAGCGGGAAAUAUCAUAAUGGAGGAGACGGAGGUGAUGCCUGUGGUGGAUGCCUUUAUCAAUCAACUGCGGACGGCAAAAAAUAACAGUGAUCUGGUGCUGAAGCGUGUACUGAAUGUGGAGAGGAAGGAGGACAGAGACGUGGGCAGUCGGUACCUGUUGGAGCUGGAGCUGGAGGACGGGCAGAACCAGAUCCUGAUGGUGUCUCAGUAUUUUUAUGUAGAGAAGAGCUCGAGUAAGGAGGGUCCAGUCUCAGUGGAGUGGCUUUCUCUCUGCAGCCCUCAAGACUUCUCCUGGGACCCCAGCGUUAGAGUUGAUGUUCUCCUAACAGUGAAAAAUCAGGGGAGGUGGGUGAUCCAGUUCAUCAGACAAAUGGCGAACAUUUACCAAACCACAGGAGAUAAGAACUUCAACGUCAUCAUCAUAGAUUACAGCAGUGAUGACCUGGAUAUCCAGGCGGCGCUGAAAAAUGCUAAAUUACCAAGCUACCAGUACAGGAGGCUGGAAGGAAGGUUCCUAAAGACAACAGCACUGCAAACAGCAAUUGAUAUCAGUGAAGAUGAGAACAGUAUUUUGUUUAUAUGUGACCUGCACUUUAAUUUUCCCACAUCGAUAAUUCACACGAUACGUAAACACACCGUGCGGGGGAAAAUGGUGUUCGCUCCAGUUGUGAUGAGACUGGACUGUGGAUCCACAGCUCAAGCUCCUACAGGUUUUUGGGAACUUUCAGGCUACGGUCCUUUAGGAAUCUAUAAAUCCGACAUGAAGAGGAUCGGAGGCAUGAACACUAUAGAGUUUAAGGAUAAGUGGGGAGGAGAGGACUGGGAGUUGUUAGACAGGAUCCUGAGCAACAAGCUGGAGGUGGAGCGACUGAACCUCAGGAAUUUCCUACAUUUUCACCACUCAAAGCGAGGAAUGUGGAAUAACUAACAGCACCACAGAACUCAAGGACUACUUUAUGAACUUUUAUGAACUUUUUUACUUCAUGCUCAAAGAAGUGGACUUGAUAAUCCAUGAAUCAGUAAUGGAUUAUGGAAUGAUUUUCUGUUGGUUUGUGAAGGCCAAUAGUGUUGAUUUGCUUUUAAAGUAAAAGCACCAAAUAUUG